AUGACCGACGAAGAACAAGCACCGCAAGCGACUGCCACUACGUAUGCAAUUUCCCUCAAGUUACCCGAUUUUUGGCCGUCUGAUCCCGAACUUUGGUUCGCGCAAGUUGAAGCGUUGUUCGAAGCACUGAAAAUUACACAGGAGAAGACAAAAUUUGCACAUGUUGUCUGCGUUUUGCCCACCCGAUAUGCCUCAGAAGUGCGUGAUAUUAUACUUCGUCCGCCAGAGCAGCCGUACAAAGCUAUUAAGGAAGAAUUGCAAAAGCGUGUUUGCAUGUUGAGACGGCAGCAACUACAGCAACAACUAAAUGCUGAAGAGCUAGGUGAUCGAAAGCCCUCGCAGUUAUUACGUCAUAUGUUGAAGCUCAGAGGCGGCACAACAGGUGAAGCAGACCAGGAUGAAAUCUUUCGGGAGAUUUACCUUCAAAAGCUGCCCCUUACAAUUCGCACAGCAUUGGCUAUUCAUAAGGACAAAGCCCUUAGUGCUCUAGCAGAGAUGGCCGAUAACAUGGUGGAAGUACAAGGCCCCCAAGCUGCAUAUAGUCCACUAGGGCAGAUCCGCUACUUGCAAGCGGGCAAUCCCGAGAUUGCUGCGAUAAAUUCCGAGAUCAAGAAGCUCUGGCAUGCUUUGCAAUCUCAGCCGAAGUCUCAACAAGACAAGAAACCUCCUGAUGGAAACACUGGAUUUUGUUGGUAUCAUGAGCGAUUCGGUGCAAAGGCCACGAAGUGCCGGGAUCCUUGCACCUUUAAGGCUAGUUCGGAAAACGACCAGGCCAGUCGAUGA